CCGAGACUUGAUGGACCCACCAAGGAGGAGUAUGUGGCAAGUGCUCCUCCACAGCACGAGACUGACUAGUCGAUCGACGUAUGGGUGUGAAUGAGGAACUUGCGGCCUCGUGGUCCUUCUUUGCCUUUCUUUCCCUCCGUCCUCGCCCUCGGAAGGCUCACUCGUCCUCACUUACUCACACACAAAACAGAGACGAGUAAAGGAGUUGAGAGACCAGUGGCGGUAACCGACGAAGAAGUGGCAGCACUCCCAUGAUUAGAGGCUGAGCUUUAAGACAGACUACGUCCACACUGCAAGAAACAGCAAGAUCAGAACAGCAGAAGCACAAGCACAGCAACCCAACCGAAGAUCAGCAACAGCGAGUGUAUUGAAAAGAACGAGGAAGAGGCACACAAGUUCUCAGUGAAUUACUUUGAAUAAACAUCAACCUUUAAAGGGACGAACACGCGAGUGUGCUUGCUUGAGGACCUCGUUAUCCUCGUCCUGUCCGUGUCCGUGAAUGUGACAGUGCUGUGGUCAUUGAGUUUGGGAAAUGAUUCGAACUGACAGCGAAAAUAUCUCGAGUUGUCCUCGAUCAAACAUUGACUGAUUGACAGCAAGUGUCAAACGAUAUAAAUUUUGAGUUGUUUUGAAAAACGAAAUAAUUUAUUGUGGAAGGUGUCUUGAGUCUUUAUCAACCGUGAGCCGUGAUUCGAGAGUAUUGCCAGUUCUGAGGCCUCUCUUGGCUGUACCUACAAUAAAAUGGUAUCGAGCCUUCUCCUAUCUUAGCCACUCAGACUAGGCUCGGAUGAACGGAGAAGAAGGCCAAGAAAGUCGUAGCAGAAAUAUAAAUAUAUUUUCGUGUUUUGCCUCCAAGUCAUCCACAGCCAUGCCCAAACUGCAAGGAGUUAAUAUUUGGUUCCUGACGAGUGAAAAUUGAUUUUGGCCAAGUUUUUCUGCACCUCGACUUCCCAUGGUCCGCCAACGGCCUCAUCCAUCAAGUUUUUGUGACGGAAAAUUGAACGACAUUGAAUGCCCUUGGUGGGACGCACCAAAGUGGGUUGCCAAUGCUUUCCUGCCAUCGAUGGAACAUGUGCCUAAUGCCUUGGAUCCUCGUCUGAUGAAGGUUGGUUCGGCUGAUCAAGCUGGAAAGCAUAUGGAGCAUCUAGCAACAAAUAUAACAAUUCUCCCACCCUCGGGAAUCGAGACCUCCGUGCCCACCCAGCUGGUUACUGUGACUCGUAAUUAGUUGGAGGCGAAAAAGUGUUUUGUGUGUGCGUGUGUCUGCGCACAUGUGUCAAAAAUUCAUGAGCUCACUUCCAGACGAGCCAAGUGUUCCCCCACAACAGACAAGAAGUUCACGAUGCUAAGGCAGAAAAAGAACGAGCGCUCCAAGCCUCGAUCCAGUGGAGGUGACAAUCGUGAUGCGGCCGCCUCGUCUUCGAAGAAAAAGAAGUCUCAGAAUCGAGAUGACGGCACCGCCCGUUACCACGCUCUGGCAGAUUCUGACGACGAUGAUGGAAGGUCCAAGCGAUCUCAUCAUCGAAAUAGGAAGACCAAAAGAGAGUCCGAGAACCUCAAGCGUCAAUUAUGCCAAAACGUGACCUCUGCCAUAGAAGCGACCUCUAGCGACGAUGAUAUUGAUGUGGAAUUACGUGAAGGCAUUAAUAAUGUUAUGAAAUUACGGGACGAAUAUGACAAGCUAGAAGGCGCUCUUCGUAAACUCGGCGUUGACCCCGAGUCGAUCGUGAACGUUGACGAUCAAGAUGACGAAGAUGGCGAAGAGGAAGGUGUCUACGACGACGAUGAGGAUGAGGACGAACGUGGUCAGAACAGUAAUGGAUCUUUGUCUCACCAUCCUCAACUUCACGGGAGCAGCAGACAACACCAGCAGGUGGAUGAUUUGUUGCUUGAUGAACUCGACCCACUGAGUAGUCUGCAAAACAGGACUGCCAGACUCAGACGACACCUUGAUAUACUAGAAGAGGUGGAUGAAAGCCUGUUAAGCUCUGAUGCGGGGGGUGAUGACUCGUCUUCCGUGCCACCCCUUCAUCCAUCCUAUCCUUGGGUACAAAUGGCUCUCCCUGGCGGCGGGAUUGUGUCCGUGCCUUUAGCCUCCACUUCCAAUCCCAGACAGCAGGGGUCGUCCUCUUCGCGGGCCACGCCCAAGGCUCCACCUCCUUCCACCUCCUCCCAGAUCAUUGACCUUGGAGACUCCCUCAAUCAUCAAUCCAAUCUGAGCAGCAGUCUCUCGGGAUUAGGAUCGGGCAGUUCAGCUCGAAUCCAAUCGCCCGACUCGGUCCAUGAUAAUCUGCCUUCUUCGGGGGCCCAAAGGGGUGGUUUUGGUCUGGACGGAACUUGUUCCUCGUCAUUGGGCAAGCCCGAUCUCCUUACUGUGAAUGCCGGCGAGCCAGUCACCCACUUUAAUCUUGAUCAGUUGUUGGAGAUCGUCCAAAGCUUCCAACUCGACACGACCUUGGCGGGUAACGAGGAUAUGGCGUCGCACAACCUCCAAUUGGCGUUGGCCAACCCGCCCACCGACUCUCCCAUAGUCAAGCACUCGCAAGAUGGUCUUGACUUAGGCACAAGCUGUGAUUGCAAACCAUGUGAUACCUUAUCUGAGGUGGUGGAUUCGUCCGGAAACGGAGGCGAGGUCCAACCCCGGGAAACUCAUUCUUGCCCAAGUUCACCUACAGAAACCGAUUGUUCAUCCGGUUUCUCCACCUUGAGAAGGAGAAGCGUUACCCUCACGGAGAAGAUUCGAACGAGCAAGGACGGGAGCAAGACCCAGGUGGUGCGCCAAUACGGUUGCAACACCUCGUCAGCCAAGGAACCUCAGUCAGUCACUUACCAACAGAAUGCCUUUGUGUACAUUAAUGGCAAGAUGGAGGAGAACCAGAUGGGGAGUCAGUCUUUUCCUUCCCUUUUACCCAUUACAGCCACUUCACCCAUGGCCUCGACCUCGGCAUCGAUGGGUCCGGGGCACGCCACUUUGCCCCGGUCAGCUACGGAAGCAGCCUCGUCUAAUUCCGGAGGCGGGUGGACGACUACCUCGACUACCAAAGCCAAUCGCAAUGCCAGCUCGUCUUCCUAUCGGGGUCAUAUUGUCAGACUCAACUCCAUCGAACCAAAUACUGUCAUGUUCAGCACGAAAGAUUAUCCUCUUCUAAGCGACAUCACAGUGCCAGAGAUCAUAGAUGAGUUGGAAAAGCAAUUUGAAGACAAGUUAAACGACCUCCAAGGUGUGCGGCUUGUGGCCAAUAAUGUCUACAUUUGUCUGAGUAAGAAGGAAAGUCUGCAACACCUCACCACUUAUGGCUUUUAUGUGCGGGGUAUCCCCAUCAAGGUGGUUGACAUUACCAAUGACUCGGUAGUGAUUUGCCUCACAGGUGUGCCCCAUUACAUCACAGACGCAACCAUUACAAUGUUGGUGAGCACGUUUGGCAUUUCCAUCGGUGAGGUGGAGCGCCGAUUCUACAAAGGAAUAGACACUGGUGAGAGAUUUGUGCGCCUGAAACCCCGAGCACACACGCAAGUGCCGGAUUUUGUCACGGUAGGAGGGUGCAAGAUCCUCAUCCGAGUUCUCAAUCAGGAUGAAAUCUGCGAGCCCUACACCCUCCAAAGUGCCGCCACAGUGAGAGAUUCCGAACAAUCAACAAGCCACCCGAAUUCAAGUUCAUCCACCACGUAUCGAACUGGAACGCAAACUGGUGCCAUGAGUGGUCCGAAGUCACGCGCCAAACCCGGGCAUUGCAAUGGAACAGUCAAUUCACCUCCUUCCUCGGGCGAGGUGCCACAGCCCCCCGCCCUCUCUUCAACAUGCAUUCCAUUCUCGAGUUGUUCCUUGACUUCAUCAAGGACAGAGAUGAUCUCAACCGGGGUUACGGGGCUCCUGUCCACGCCUGUGGCCCCCCCUCAACCUCCCCUCACAUCCUCGUUUCGAGAUAGCAACUCUGGCGCGGACAAUUCCUCCAAUUCGUCGGUACCUGCAUCACCCAAAAUCGGAAGAUCGCUGCGAAGUCGAAUUGGAGCUGUGAUUUCCCGCUCGCCGCCGGACAAAAGCACUAGCAAUAACACCAACGGCCAUGGAGGAAGUGGUCUAAACGGAGGAGGAAAUGCGGCCGGAGGUGGAACAGAUGAAGUGGACUUUUCAACCAACAGUUACAUGCCCGGGGAAUCCCUGGAUAUUCCAACCUUAUCUCCACCUCCGUAUAAAGCUCCCUCCUCCAAUGGCAGCACUUCCAGUGUCGUUACGGGAGCGUCCAAUGGACAUCCGAAUUCCUCGUCAACCUUGUCAAGAUUAAGAGGGAGCAGCUCAAUAGGAGAGACAGUCGAUACGAAGAAAGCGUCUAAAGAAUCCUCUGGUGGUGGAGGGUUGGCUUCAUCCCUACGAAAAUACACGCAUUCCCAGCAGUAUAAGUUACCUAAAACGUCAGACUCGAGCAACUCCCUAACCUCGUCCAUGGCAGGAGGUAAAACCAGCAUAGAAGCAGUCCGAGAUGGUUCUAAUAAUAACAAUAACAAACGAGCCUCGGUGGUAUUUGAGGAACCUGGUUCAGGUCCGACCUCGACUAGAAUAACUUCCAAAACUGUGAAUGGAAUCUUAAGGAAAGGUUCGGGCCCAGGUGAUGAGAUCGUGGCCAACGCCGAUCCUCCCCGAACGUCUUCAAAGGCUCGGAGAAAGGACCAUCAUCGCAAGUCGGCCUCCAAGUCGAACCGGUCGUCCAAACAGGGUCCAGUAGAAGGUUUGACCGAAAACGGUGAGGACCAUCGCAGCUCCAGGAGUCGAAGCAACAGUACAAAGAGUAGUUCCAAGAACAAUGCCAGCAACAAUAAAGAGAGCUCGAACUCAGAUGCCAAAAAGAGCCAAAAAGAUCUAGCUCUCACACGAGAUUUACCUUGGUGUGGAUGUUGGGGAAAUGGUUGCCUAUAGAACUUGUGCGGCUUUGAUCUCAUCACUUUAUGAACAAAACCCGGACAUUGGAGCAAUUGAAAGCCAUUUCUUACCGUACGGACAGCUGCCAAGAGCUUUUAGUCAUCUUGAUUUCAUCGGAGCUGAGGCUGUCAGGGUGGACAAUAAUUUGCAGUAUUAAACGCUCACCACCCACAAAAACCAAAGAGGUUAGGCUAACAGAAAUGAUGUCAGUUCAUGAUUGUAGCUCAAAUUCGUUGCACCCGCCAAGGAUAUUCUUAAUUUAUGCAUUAUUAUGAUCAUAGUUCAGAUGAUUUGCGACUUACUACUCUGCUGAAUAAGGCGUACUUCCACAUUUUGUGAAUGGUUUGUUCUCGCCAUCCUGAUUCAAUCUAUCCAUGCAAAAAGAGAGAUUAUUAGAAACUAGUUAACAAUGCUAUUUUUCAAGACAAUUCAGUACAUCAUGCCCUCAAGAUAAUGCUUGAUCCAUUGUAAAAAAGAUGUGUGCACGUAAAUGUAGCCUGCGUUUUCCCUGCUAAACACCUGUAACCUAAAGAAGAUGAUGAUGGUAAAAUCAUUGUUUUUCUGAGUCCCCCUUAACAGUAUUUUUCUUCGAUUUGCCCAACCAAUUCCCUUCAAACCAACCUCUUUCUUCUAUCUCUACACUAUCUUAACCCCCCAUCAAACCUAAGAGUUUGAUGGCCUCAUCUGAAUAUCAUGGUGCUACAUUGCUUUUGAAUCUCUCUAUCUCUCUUUCCAUCUCAUCAAUCUGAUCUUUUGAUCUUUCUCUCUCUUCGCCGUUUCGAACAGAACUCUCUAUUAGCUCUGUGCUCAUUUAUUAAGCUUUGUUUAUAUCGAAUUCAUUUACGUUUUAUUUCCUUCCGUUUUACUUAGAAUGAAAAACUGAAAACAAAGCUCGCCAA